AUGAGCGCAGCAACAUCAUCGUCGGGCGGCUUGGAACAGCGAAGAAUAGAUGCCCUCAAGGGCUACCGUGAGAAAAUGCGUCAGCACGAGACUAGCAGCCAGAGUCUCAAGGAUUUGCGCUUCGCCCUGAAGGACUUGGAGAAAGACUAUGAGAAGACUGAAGAUGACAUCAAGGCUGUUCAAUCUGUCGGGCAGAUUAUUGGCGAAGUGAUGAAGCAAUUAGACGACGAGCGCUUCAUCGUGAAGGCUUCGUCAGGACCUCGCUAUGUUGUAUCAUACCGGCCCACCCUCCCCGUGGCAAAGCUAAAGUCGGGCACCCGAGUCAGCCUCGACAUGACCACCCUCACGAUAAUGCGCAUUUUACCCCGGGAAGUCGAUCCUUUGGUGUACAAGAUGAGCCUUGAGGAUCCCGGAGGCGCAACGUUCGCUGGUAUUGGUGGCUUGGGUGAGCAAGUUCGGGAAUUGCGAGAGGUUAUCGAGCUGCCGCUCCUCAGCCCCGAGUUGUUCCAGCGUGUGGGGAUCCAACCACCGAAAGGUGUGCUGCUGUACGGUCCUCCAGGGACGGGAAAGACUCUUCUCGCUCGGGCAGUGGCAGCCACGCUGAACACCAACUUCCUCAAAGUAGUAUCGUCAGCGAUCGUCGACAAGUACAUUGGCGAGUCUGCGCGGGUGGUGCGCGAGAUGUUCGGGUAUGCCAGAGACCACGAGCCAUGCGUCAUUUUCAUGGACGAAAUUGAUGCCAUUGGCGGGCGACGGUUCUCGGAGGGCACAAGUGCCGACCGUGAAAUUCAGCGGACACUGAUGGAGCUGCUGAACCAGAUGGAUGGAUUUGACUCACUCGGUCGGACAAAACUCAUCAUGGCGACCAACAGGCCGGAUACUCUGGAUCCCGCACUCCUUCGGCCAGGACGGUUGGAUCGUAAGAUAGAAAUCCCUCUGCCAAAUGAACAGGCACGGCUAGAGAUCCUGAAGAUCCACGCGGCCCCUGUGAAUAAAAGCGGGGACAUCGAUUAUGAGGCCAUCGUCAAGCUGUCGGAUGGCUUCAACGGUGCGGACUUGAGGAACGUGGUGACCGAGGCCGGUAUGUUUGCGAUCCGAGAUGACAGGGAAUAUACCACGCAGGAGGACUACACGAAGGCAGCGAGGAAGGUGGGUGAGGCGAAGAAGCAUGAGAGUAAAUUGGAGUUUACUGCUUAG